AUGGCGCCAAUGAUGUCCAUUCGACGUUGUCAGAGCCAUGCAGAACAACAUCCUAUCAAGAAGCCGUUCCUCAGUAGGUACAAAAUCUGGAACACGACUGACGACUAUUUCUGCUACGCCAACAGAUGGGUGAGGUACAUCUGUAUUCUGACUACAGGCGAUCUGCCCAUAAUGGUGAGAAGUGUUCAGCUGUUCGCCAACAAGUUUUUCCUCAGUGAAGAUCGACUAGUCAUCAGUUGCCUUGAAGAGUGGCUCUACAACAGCACCAGAGACAACUUUCUGAAAACUCGACAUUUAGAUGUCUCCUAUUAUCAUAAUUUAGAUAUUGUGUUAAACCAAAUAAAAGCUACAUGA